GAAGAGUCGGACAUGACUUAACGACCGAACAACAACUGAACGUAAGCAACUAGAUUUAAUCAAGCUGCCCUGAGCUUCAGCCGCCUGCUGCAAGCCUUUGAAAAUAAAAAUGCCUAUUUGCUAGUAUAUUUCUCAGACAUUUCACAGAAGCCGCUUCUAGAUUUGGAAAGAGGAGGGUACUCCACGUCAACGAACAGAAACACCAGAAGACCACCACAUCCUAUUGCGUCGCUCUGCGCUCAUCUCCCUCCCAUCGCGUCUCUCCGUGUAGGACCCCGUGAGUGGAUUCUUUUCCCGCCUAAAGGCUUGGCCUUAAUCACGUAAGGCGGGUGGGCGGGAACACCACCGGCGAGGCGCUCAAGGCGCAUAAGGCGGCUGCCGUCUCCCGCGAAGGUUAUCUCGGGCGGAGAGGGUGGCGCUUUGCCAGGCGAAAGGGGUGUGCGCGGAAAGGGCGGAGUCCACCGGGGAGAGACACCACCUCCGGAGGCAUGACAGAGCCCGUCAACAGCGUGCCGAGCGGCGGCCGCUCUUUAAUACGCGCGGCCGGCUGCAGCGUGCGGUCUGCGGCGCCUCCGUCAUCGUUUGUUCGCGCCCGCUGCCCUCGCUAUGCGGGACUAUGACGACCUGGUGGCCUUUCUGGGCGAGUGGGGCCCCUUCCAGCGCCUCGUCUUCUUCCUGCUCAGCGCCAGCAUCAUCCCGAACGGCUUCAACGGCAUGUCGGCCGUCUUCUUGGCCGGCACCCCGGAGCACCGGUGCCGGGUGCCGGCCAGCGCCAACCUGAGCGCCGAGUGGCUCAACGCCAGCAUCCCGCUGGAGGUGCGCGACGGGCGGCAGGUGCCCAGCCGCUGCCGCCGCUACCGCCUCGACGCCCUGCGCAACUUCUCGUGGGAUCUGGUAUGUGAUGAUGACUGGAAAACCCCCUUGACUACCUCUUUGUUCUUUGUGGGAGUACUCCUUGGAUCUUUUAUAUCUGGGCAGCUCUCAGACAGGUUUGGCAGAAAGGCUAUUCUAUUUGCAACCAUGGGUGUGCAGACGGGUUUCAGCUUCCUGCAGAUCUUCUCAACCAGCUGGGAAAUGUUCACAGUGCUCUUUGUUAUAGUUGGCAUGGGGCAGAUUUCGAACUACGUAGUCGCCUUCAUAUUAGGCACAGAAAUUCUUGGCAAAUCAAUUCGUAUUAUAUUCUCUACAUUAGGAGUUUGCAUAUUUUUUGCAAUUGGCUACAUGUUGCUGCCACUAUUUGCUUACUUCAUCAGAGACUGGCGGAUGCUGCUACUGGCUCUUACUGCACCUGGGGUGUGCUGCGUUCCGCUGUGGUGGCUCAUUCCUGAAUCUCCUCGAUGGUUGAUCUCACAAGGAAGAUUCAAAGAAGCUGAAACAAUUAUUCGGAAGGCUGCUGAAAGAAAUGGCAUCCAAGCCCCAGCAGUAUUGUUUGAUCCCACAGAGAUAGAGGAUUUGAAGGCCAAAUCAACGCAGGGCAUUAUUCUGGACUUGUUCCGAAACAGAAACAUUGCAGUAAUAACAGUUGCGUCUCUUCUCUUAUGGAUGUUUACAUCUAUUGGUUACUUUGGCCUGUCACUUAAUACCCCAAAUCUGCAUGGGAAUAUCUACAUCAAUUGUUUCCUGUCAGCAGUAAUUGAAGUUCCAGCCUAUGUGAUCGCUUGGCUUCUCCUCCGGAUCUUGCCCCGAUGUUACUCAAUAUCUAGCACCCUCUGCCUGGGAGGAGGAGUUGUUCUUUUUAUUCAGCUGGUACCUCCAAACCUUCAUAUUCUGUCUGUCACCUUAGUGAUGCUGGGAAAAUUUGGGAUCACAUCAGCCUUCUCCAUGCUCUAUGUCUAUACUGCAGAGCUCUACCCAACCAUAGUGAGAAAUAUGGCAGUGGGUGCCACCUCCAUGUCGUCUCGGGUGGGCAGCGUCAUUGCUCCUUACUUUGUUUACCUUGGUGCCUAUGAUAAAUUUCUACCAUAUAUCCUUAUGGGCAGCCUAACUGUAUUUGUAGGGAUUCUCACACUUUUCCUUCCAGAAAGUUAUGGCAACCCUCUGCCAGAGACACUUGAAGAGAUGCUACACAUUAAAGGAUUCAAGAACAGAAAAAAGACCUACAAAAUAGGAAGUACAAAGCAGCAUGAAUCAAACAGCAGGCAUCCGAGAACAUCAUGUUGAUCAUGAUCAUAUUGAUCAUUACAUGAAAUGGACAAUCAGAAGUUGUUAAAACAUAACUGAAGAUAAAUGAGAAGUCAUAAACACUAUUAAGGAGGUUUGAUGAUUCUGUAAUUCACAAUACUACUGUGUCAAAAUGUGGUUUGUCCCUAAGUUGCUGCCAGUAUAUGUAAGGCUUCUCAGCAUUUUGUUUCUGUGCCUUGGUUUGGAGGUUUGUUUGGUGACAUCUUCAACACUUCUGCUCCCUGAAAUGUAGGUAGAAUGUGUUUUGGGGGUGGGUGGGGACAGGCCAUCAACAAGUGUCAAGAGGAGUAAAAUACUGUUGGCACAGAAAUUUAAGAACUGGUGACCUACCAACGUCUUUUGAGCCUCAAAACACUUUUAAAAAGCUCUAAGACAAAACAGAAUGAGCCUCUAUUUGCUGUUGUUUAGGUUUGUUUCUUUUAAAGAAGUAAUUGCUGUUCAAGCGAGUGAGGCUUUUAUUAAAGGAAUAAACUUUAAAGAAGUUUGGCCCUGAUAAAAUACAAGUAUAAUGUUUGUUUCUUUUUUAAUUAAACAUAUAUUCUUUGGAAUAUUUCUUCCAUCCAUCAUGCCAGAUGAUAGUUUUUCAAGCAAGACAGCAUUAUUUGGUAGUACUGCUUCUUUAGGAAGUUUGAUAGACUGUAAAAGGGAGAACAAUUAGUGUAAACAACAGAAUAUAAAGAGAAAACAAUCCACAAAUUAAAACUUUCACCUUCUUUCUCCUUCCUUAAAUUCUUUGUACCUGUGGGACAUACUAUACCAAAGAUAUUCACUGGGUCCAAAGCCACAGCUUUAAAGAAGUAACUUCUUAGGGUCAAGACUAGAAAUGGGGACGAAUUUAAAAAUGGUUAUUCAUUUUGAUC